AUGGCCGAAGCUUUUUUUUCUGACAUUUGCUUGCUGUCGUACCUAAAGGAGCUGAGGAAGAAUGAGUUCUGGAAAUUUAAGGAGCUCCUCAAGCAAGAACCCAAACAAUCUGACCUCAGGCCGAUCCCGUGGCCAGAGCUGAAGAGGGCUUCCAAAGAUGAUCUGGCCAAGUUGCUAUGCAGGCACUACCCGGGCAAACAGGCCUGGGAAGUCGCCCUGAGGCUGUUUCCUCAGGUCAAUCGGAGAGACCUCUGGGCCAAGGCCAGGGAUGAGAUCAGAAGUAAGAUCAACCCGUAUAAAAGCCACAUGAGGAAAAAGUUCUCUGACAUAUGGCAGAACGAGACGUGCCUGGCGGUGCCGGAGAGCUUCCACGCGGAGUCCACCAAGACUGAACACGAGAGUCUGAGCGAGGCGUUUGCGGCCGACAAGGUGGGCGAGCACUCAGUCACGGUGGGCCUGGGCAGCGCGAAGGGGACCGGGAAGACCACGCUGCUGAGGAAGGUGAUGCUGCAAUGGGCCGAGGGCAACCUCUGGAAGGGCCGGUUCACCUUUGUCUUCUUCCUCAACUGCUGCGAGAUGAACAACAUCAUCAAGGAGAUCAGCCUGGUGGGCCUCCUCUCCAGGGACUGGCCCGAGUCUUCCGAGCCCAUCCACGACGUCUUCUCCCAGCCCGAGAAGAUCCUGUUCAUCAUAGACGGCUUGGAGGACCUGAAAGUCGACAUCGGCCUGGACAGCGACCUGUGCAGCGACUGGGAGCAGCCGCGGCCGGUCCACGUGGUCCUGCGGAGCCUGCUGCAGAGGACGCUGCUGCCAGAGGCCUCCCUGCUGGUCUCCCUGAUCGGGGAGUGGCUCAGGAAGUUCAACCACCUGCUGCGCCACCCGGUGUACGUCUACCUCCCCGGGUUCUCGGGCCACCUCAAGUGGCUCUAUUUCUCCCGGUUCUUCCAGGACACGGACCAGGCCGCCCAGGCCUUCAGUGUGGUGAGAGGCCACAAGCCACUGUUCACCCUGUGCCAGUACCCCCUGGUGUGCUGGCUGGUGUGCGAGUGUCUGAAAAAGCAGCUGCAGAGAUGCCAGCCCCUGGAGGUGAACGCCCAAACCACCACGUGCAUCUACUCCUCCUUCCUCACCAGCGUGUUCCAGCCGGAGGGCACGGGCUGGCCCUCGGACCUGGAUGAGAACACGGUGCCGGAGGCCCACGCCCUGGCCUGGGUGAGAAUGGGGCUCCUGCGCCAGAACGGGAGCCUCUGGGUCUUCCCGCACCAGUCCUUGCAGGAGUUGUGCACCGCCCUGUGGUACCUGCUCAGGCUCCCCCAGGAGCCGCAGCACCCCCGCAUCUGCAGCGCCACGCAGCUGGUCACGGCCGCCAUGACCGAGGCCCCCUUCUACCUGAAGAACACGGCACUCUUUCUGUUCGGGUUCGCCACGGAGCGGGUGGCCAGCCUGCUGGAGGCGGCCUGGGGCUUCGAGCUGGCCGCGAGCCUGCGGGAGGAGAUCACGCAGUGCCUACAGAGCCUGAGCCAGCAGGUCGCCCUCGGCGAGCUGCAGAUCAACUUCCAGGAGCUGUUCAGCUGCGUGUUUGAGACGCAGGACCCCGGCUUUGCCACACAGGUGAUGAGCAUGUUCCCGGACAUUGACGUGUGCAUCAGCAGGCCCGACGACCUGAUGACCUACGCCUGCUGCCUCCAGCACGCCCUGAACCUGCAGAGUCUCCACCUGAGCGUAGAGGACGUGUUCUCGGAAGACUGCAGAGGCCUGUUAGGCAAAGACCAGAAACUCUCCUACUGGCGGGCUCUGUGCUGCGUGUUCACCAACAGCAGGGACUUCCAGAUGCUGGAUUUGGACAACUGCAUUUUCAACGAGGCCUCCCAGGCGAUCCUCUGGAAGGCGCUGGCUCAGCCCACUUGCAAACUUCAAAAGUUGGUGUACAACUUUGCUUCCAACGUUGGAGAGAGCGCAGACUUCUUUAAGGCCCUCGUUCACAACCCCAACCUGACCUACCUGAACCUGCACGGCACCAACCUGUCCUCCGAGGAGGUCGCGCAGCUGAGCGAGGCGCUGAGGCACCCCAUGUGCAGCAUCCAACAGCUGAUGCUGGGCAAGUGCGACAUCACCGACGAGGCCUGCGAAGACAUCGCGCUGCUCCUGGUGAGCAGCCGGAAGCUGAAGCUGGUGUCGCUGAUGGAGAACCCGGUGAUGGACAGCGGCGCCCUGCUGCUCAGCGAGGCGCUCAAGCACCCGGACUGCGAGCUGGAGUCGCUGCUACUGACAUACUGCUGCCUCACCUCUGACGCCUGUGACUACAUCGCCCAGGCCCUCGUGCGGAGCACCACUCUGUCCCUUCUUGAUCUGGGGUCCAAUUUCCUGGAAGACAGUGGAGUGAAGCUUCUCUGUGAAGCAUUGAGGCAGCCAAGCUGCAACUUACAGCAGCUGUGGUUGGUGGGUUGUUACCUCACUCCUGUUUGCUGUGAGGACCUCUCUACUGUUCUUAUUAGCAACGAAAAACUGAAGACUCUGAAACUCGGGGAAAAUAAAAUACAAGAUGCUGGUGUCAAACAGUUAUGUGGGGCAUUGAAGCACCCUAACUGUAAACUGGAGAAUCUUGGGCUGGAGCUCUGUGAGCUCACCACUGCCUGCUGUGAGGACCUGGCCUCGGCUCUCACCAUCUGCAAAUCACUGAGGGGCCUGAACCUGGAAUGGAACAGCUUGGACCACGAUGGGAUGGUGGUGCUGUGUGAAGCCUUGGGCCACCAGGACUGUGCACUGCAGCUGCUCGGGCUGGACAAAGAUGCAUUUGAGGCGGAAACGCAGUGUCUGCUGAAGGCUGUGGAAGAGAGGAAGCCGCAGCUGACCAUUUGCAGUAAACCUUGGAACAGAGAUGAGCUGAUGCUGAAAGGUGUGUUCGUCUGA